CAGAUAAUUGGAAAGGGUUUCCAGAAGGUGGAAAAUGUCACCUGAUUCACAGUGAACUUUUUAAAUCUCCCCACCCCCGAACACACACACACAUUAGGAGACCGCCCACCGCAGACAGCUAAGACCCCCUUAUAGAUUUAAAGAGAGACUGCAUUGAGAGGCUGACGUUCAUUCAAUAGAGCGAUCAUAAGCAGACUGACUAGUGCUCUCUCUCUCUCUCCCUUUGCUCCACUAGAUAUUGUUUCUGUCUCUUUCACUCACUGCCAUACCGAGGAUGUUAACUCAGAGAAUUCACCCAGGCAUGCUUUUAUUCCUGAUGUUUCUGUGCCACUUCAUGGAAGAUCACACAGGACAGGCUGGGAAUUGUUGGCUCCGGCAGGCAAAGAACGGCCGCUGCCAGGUCCUAUAUAAAACAGAUCUGAGCAAGGAGGAGUGCUGCAAAACGGGCCGACUAACCACUUCAUGGACCGAAGAAGAUGUCAACGACAACACGCUUUUUAAGUGGAUGAUUUUUAACGGUGGUGCCCCAAACUGUAUUCCAUGCAAAGAAACGUGUGAGAACGUGGACUGUGGACCUGGGAAGAAAUGUAAAAUGAACAAGAAGCACAAACCUCGGUGUGUUUGUGCUCCGGAUUGCUCUAAUGUCACUUGGAAGGGUCCUGUGUGUGGCUUAGAUGGGAAAACCUACAAGAACGAGUGUGCUCUCCUCAAAGCCAGAUGUAAAGAGCAACCCGAACUUGAAGUCCAAUAUCAGGGCAAAUGCAAAAAGACCUGCAGGGAUGUUUUAUGUCCAGGUAGUUCCACGUGUGUGGUUGAUCAAACUAAUAAUGCCUACUGUGUGACAUGUAAUCGGAUUUGCCCGGAACCUACUUCCCCUGAACAGUAUCUCUGUGGGAAUGAUGGAAUAACGUAUGCUAGUGCUUGCCACCUGAGAAAGGCUACCUGCCUACUAGGCAGAUCCAUUGGAUUAGCCUACGAGGGAAAAUGUAUCAAAGCCAAAUCCUGUGAAGAUAUCCAGUGCGGUGCUGGGAAGAAAUGUCUGUGGGAUUUCAAGGUUGGCAGAGGUCGGUGUGCCCUCUGUGAUGAGCUGUGCCCUGAAAGCAAGUCAGAUGAAGCAGUCUGUGCCAGUGAUAACACUACUUACCCAAGCGAGUGUGCCAUGAAAGAAGCAGCCUGCUCCAUGGGUGUGCUUUUAGAAGUAAAGCAUGCUGGAUCUUGCAACUCCAUUAAUGAAGACCCCGAGGAAGAAGAGGAAGAUGAAGACCCGGACUACAACUUUCCUAUAUCUUCCAUUCUAGAGUGGUAAAACCUCCAUCACUAUUGGAACAGCCAUUGGGCAAGAAAUCAAUGUCCAUACUGUAAAUAAGUGUAUGCUUAUUUAUUUUGGGGAGAAAGAAAGUAUACAUAUAGUUGAGUCUUGUAGACAUUUAUUUAUACUGUGUCAUGUUUUAUAAUUUAUACAUAAAAUGUCUGGUUGACUGUACACCUUUUUUGAAGAAAUUUAUUCGUUACGGGAAGAGCAGUGUUAUUUAUUGUGAGGUCUCUUGCUUGUAAAGUAAAGCUUUUUUUUUUUUUGUAAACUAUAAAAGUCCAUUCCUUAGAGCUUACCCAUAUGACUCUCAUCUCUUCUUUUCACUGAUGUUAACUCCUCUCCACUUUCACAAACUUGCAUGUCAGUUUCUGUUAUGUUUAUUUAUUGGAUUUUCUUCUUACCCGUUCUGUACAUAAAUGAUCCCUCGGGUUUUUGUUUACAAGGAAUCCUGACUGACCAAAAGGCGCUGUAACUGAUUUAAAUAUACUUUCUGGAUAGUGAGACAAUCUUUAAGGACACCUCUUCCACUUCACUUUUCUCUGCUUCUAAUCACUCCAUGUACUGACAUGCUCUCAAUGUGCUGAGCAUUUAUACUGUAGUAUAAGAAUUCUGGACCCAAAUAAAUCAAAUUAUGAAGGUUGUUAAUAACUACAUGGCUAACAAUAAUGAGAACAAAGUUCUUAUUCUUUUUUAUUUUGUGUAACAUACAUAAAUGCUUUAUCAGGUGGUUCCUUUAAGAUGGUCCUGCAAUACCACACUUUAAAGUUCUUUUAAACUGUCACUAAAAGGUAUAUCAAAGCUUUAUCAGUUCAAGUUUCUUGCUUUUCAUAAUACUUUUUUUCUGAUGCAAUUUUAUAUUUUCAAACAUGGUGAGUUAAAUAUAAAUUCAUUUAAAUAUAUAGUUUUGUACUUUUCUACCAUGUAAAUGUGCAAUGUAUAUAAAA